CGAAUGUACUAGAGAUGCCACCAGAUAACUUGAUAAAGUCAAUACAUGCUAUUCCAGUAUCAAAAAAGAGGCAAGCCGCUGAUUUCCAGUUCAUUGUGAGUUCUGUGCUUGGUGCCAGCAAGCAGUCUAAGUCAGAUAUUCAGCUUCAGACCCAGAGGCUGGCAGAGCAGCUAAAAUGUGAUAAUGUUGUGAGUGAAAUCAGCACAGGCCAAGGAAGGAUAAACUUCACAAUAAAUCGAGAAUUAUUAGCAAAGUCAGUGUUGCAGCAAGUGUUUGAGGAUGGCUCAGAGUAUGGAAUAAAGAGUGAACUUUUCUCAGGAUUGCCAAGAAAAAAAAUUCUAAUUGAGUUUAGUUCACCCAACAUUGCAAAGAAGUUUCACGUAGGACACUUGCGUUCCACUAUAAUUGGAAAUUUCAUAGCAAAUCUCAAAGAGGCUAUUGGACAUCAUGUUACAAGAAUGAAUUACCUUGGAGACUGGGGCAUGCAAUUUGGUUUGUUGGGAGCUGGCUUCCAGCAGUUUGGCUCUGAAGAGAAAUUAAAAUCAAACCCUCUGCAGCAUCUGGUUGAGGUCUACAUAGAGGCUAACAAAGCAGCAGAAGAAGAUGAAACCAUUAAAAGGAUGGCACAAGAUUUCUUUAGAAGGCUGGAGGCACGUGAGGAAGAAGUGUUGUCUUUGUGGCAACGUUUUAGAGAUGUCAGCAUUCAAGAAUAUGUCAAGAUGUACAAGCGUCUGGGAGUGUACUUUGAUGAAUAUUCUGGAGAAUCGUUUUAUCAGGAGAAGUGUCAAGAAGUUCUAAAUAUGUUGGACACAAAAGGUCUCCUCAAGAAAACUGAGGAAGGCACAGGAAUAGUUUACCUUUCUGAAAAAGGAGAUCAGCCAUAUUCUGCUGUAAUGCGUAGUGAUGGAACCUCUCUCUACAUAACAAGAGACCUUGCUGCUGCUAUAGAUAGAAUGGAUAAGUGUAAUCCUGAUACUAUGAUAUAUGUUACAGAUAAAAACCAAAUCUCUCAUUUUCAACAACUGUUCCAAAUACUGAAGUUAUUGGGUCACAAAUGGGCAGAAAGGUGCCUGCAUGUGCCAUUUGGAAGAGUUCAAGGGAUGAAAACACGAAAAGGAGAGGUGGUUUUCCUUGAGGAUGUUUUGGAUGAAGCUUCCUCCAUGGUGUUAGAAAGAAUGGCUUCUACAAAAACAACCAAAGAACUGGUCAACCCUCUUGAGACGGCUCAAAGAGUUGGACUUGCGGCACUAAUAAUUCAGGACUUCAGGGCUCUCUUAUCAACCGACUAUCAGUUUAGCUGGGAUCGUGUUCUUCAAAGCCAAGGUGACACUGGUGUCUUCAUACAGUAUACACAUGCCAGACUUCACAGCCUAGAAGAGAUGUUUGGAAAAGUUAGUCAAGUCUCCCACAUUAACCCUGCAUGUUUACAAGACCCACAAGCUAUUUCCGUAAUACAGCAUCUUCUCAGAUAUGAUGAGAUUCUUUAUCAGUCUUCUCAAGAUCUUCAGCCCAAGCACAUUGUUCUCUAUCUUCUUGCACUCAGCCAUUUAGCAGCUGUGGCUCAUAAAGUGCUACCUGUGAAAGGCAGUGUUCCGGAAUUAGCAGAGGCAAGGCUCUGUCUGUUCCAGGCUGCGCGCUCCGUUCUGGCUAAUGGAAUGAAACUUCUAGGAAUCACACCUGUAACUAAAAUGUAACAAGAAGACUUUUUCAAUGUCUACCUAAAAUAUACGUGUUUCAAAGACC